GGCGCGCGGUGGGACCGUCCGGUGCGCGCAGCCCCCGAGGCCCUGGAGACGUUUUCCACCCCUGUAGGUCGGUAGAGAAAAUCAUCUGAGCUUUCAUUUGUGGCGGUGUCGCUGCAGUCUGGGGCAGGACGGCAUGAGAUACUGGGUUUUCAGAACAAAAUGGCGUGAACUCCCACCGGUCUCACAUUAACGUGGUGGAGAGCCAUCUCUGGGGGUUCCUCAGCUUUCAAGGUUCCACAUUCCAAGAACUGACCUACAUUAUAUUCAGAAAAUUUCCAAAUAGUAAUGGCCAGACUGCUGCAAGAUCCACCUAAACUUCAUCCCUCGGAAUGGUACACUGCAAACAAUUUGCAGCGUGCCAGAACAGAGUCCCAGAAAUCCAGGUCAGAAUGCAUGACAGCUGAGAGUUGGAGGCUGGUGGAUGAAAUAGAAAAGACAACUCAAAAAACCCAAAAUGAUGUCAACAAGAAAUUAGAACAGAGACGGGAAGAAAUAAAAUUCUGGAAGCAAGAAUUAGAUAACAAGCUGGAACAAAUUGUUCAUGAGACAGAAACACUGCUGACUUUCAAGAAUAGGCUGGAGAGAGCUUUGGAGGGCUGCAAAGAGCCACUUGUCAUUACCCAAAAGUGCCUCCUGUACAGGCAGAGGCGAGUUGGAAUUGACUUGGUGCAUGAUGAAGUGGAGCAGGAACUGGUGAAGGAAGCUGAAGUCCUCCAGGGGAUUAUUGCUUUACUUGGACGUACAUUGGAACAAACAAAUGAGCAAAUCAGACGAAAUCGUUCGGCAAAAUACAACCUGGACAUGGAUCUGAAGGACAAAUUCACAGCUUUGACGAUUGAUGAUUACUGUGCUAGCUUGACAAAUGACACUCCUUACAUUAUCUAUGCUGAUAAUGCCAUGAAACUAGAAGGAAAUUUUGUUAGCCCUGAAGACUGGAUAGAUUUCUCAAACAUAAAUGUUGAAAAGGCUGACAAGCAGCGAAACAAUUCUUUGGCACUGAAGGCACUUAUUGAUGGCAUCCUCUCACAGACAGCAAAUGACAUGCGCAAGCAAUGUGAGAUGGUGAAUAUUGCUUUUAGAAAUAGGGUGAAGGAAGUCAAGGAUGCCAAGCACAAGCUAGAGACACUUCUUGCAAUGGUGAUGGAUGAGACUGCCUCGCAGGAGAAGAACAUUGCAGCCUUAAAGAAAGCAAUCGCUGACAAGGAAGGACCUGUAAAAGUGGCUCAAACCCGCUUGGAAGCGAGAAACCAUCGCCCCAAUGUGGAACUGUGCUAUGACAGAGUGCACAGCAGCCUAAUGAGUGAAGUUCAAGAGAUUACCAAAAAUAUUCAAAGAUUAAAGGAUGCAUUGGCACAGGCUCAGACAGAGCUGAAAGGUCUGAGCCGCCGACAACUUUCCUUGGAGGAAGAGAUCAAGGUCAAGGAGAAUACACUGUACAUUGAUGAUGUGCUGUGCAUGCAAAUGAGAGAGUCUGUUUGCAUAAACAAUUACUGAAGUCAUCAUACUGGGAGAUUGUGCUCCAAAGAACCAGCUCCUGCUGAAAUUUUAUUGACAAACUUGCAAAUUUAUUGACUUGGCUCAAUGCUGUCUAGUUAUGUGAGGUAAAACAGACCUCGUACUUACAGCUGUCUGUGCUCUAAAACAUUUGAUGAAAUCCUCCACUUGGCAAUAAAAUCCCAGAAUAAAGAGAAAUGCCCCUUCUUCC